AUGAACUCUGCCAACCCCAAGUAUGGGAUCACAGGCCCAGCCUCCCUCAAAGAGAGUACCCAGGAAUCAACACAACUGGCCAACCAGAUGGACAAGUAUCUCAGAGAGUCUAAUUUCUUUGAAUCGGAGGAUGCAGGACAGACAAGGGAAAGAGUCUUGGGCAGACUUGAUUUUCUUGUUAAAAAAUUUGUAGAAAAGACAGCGCCCGAAGGAGAGCAGAAGAACUAUGGCGGAAAGAUAUUUACAUUUGGCUCGUACAGACUGGGUGUGCACGACAGAGGGGCGGACAUUGAUGUUCUAUGUGUUGUUCCCCGCCAUGUUUCAAGAAAGGACUUCUUUACAAUAUUCUACGAGGAGCUAGGCCAGGAUGAAAAUGUAAAAGAAAUCAGCAAGAUAGAGGAUGCCUAUGUUCCCAUAAUUAGUUUGACGUACGACGGCAUUCCAAUUGACCUUACAUUUGCCAGGCUGAACCUUCCUGUUAUAGCUGAAAAUAUUAGUCUCCUCAAUGACACUAUCCUCAGGUCCAUGGAUGAAAAAUGCAUUUUGAGUUUAAAUGGCUCCAGAGUCACUGAUGCCAUACUCCGCUUAAUCCCCCGGGUGGAUGUCUUUCAUUCGGCUCUCCGGGCCAUAAAGUUCUGGGCCAAAAGGCGAUACAUAUAUGGCAAUGCAUACGGCUAUUUUGGAGGAGUGACCUUCUCAAUCUGCGUUGCCAGAAUCUGCCAGAUGUAUCCCAAUCUCUGCGCCUAUGACAUUGUCUGCAAGUUCUUUGAGACGUAUUCCUCCUGGAAAUGGCCUACGCCUGUGCAGCUCUGCUCCAUCGUGGAUCACAACUAUAAUCUUAAGGUGUGGGAUCCUAAGGUGUAUCCCGCUGAUAAGUAUCAUAAAAUGCCGGUGAUAACCCCGGUCUAUCCAUCCAUCAACUCCACACACAAUGUUACUCAGAGCACCUUCAUUCUUAUCUGUUCGGAGCUUGCACGUGGAAAUGAAUUGAUGAGAUCCAAGGCGCCUUUUUCAAAGCUGUUUGAAGUUUCAGGCUUUUUCAAAAAGCACAAAAUGUUUAUCGAGGUGCGCAUCAACUCGGAAGAUUUGCAGGCAUUUAAUAUCUGGGAAGGAUAUAUCCAAUCCAAGAUAAGGAUUCUGUGUACUAAGCUUGAGAAUUUAGAGAAUAUCUCGUUGGCAGCGCCCUUUCCCAAGGCAUUUACAGGACGCAGUUGUAAGGCAAGCAACACUGACAAUAUUGGUGGCGCUGCGAGCACCGGCAGUAAAAGCAGUGGCAUUAGUAAUAAAAUAGAGGAGUAUUUUACUUUGUUUUAUAUUGCUGUUGAUGUUUCUAUCAAUCCUAGCUCAUCUAAGAAGAUAUUCGUGGGUGAGCCAAUUGGAGAUUUCCUCAAUUUUGUGAAUUCGUGGGAGGGAAAGCUGCCAGAAAUGAAGAUUGAAAUAAAUUCAAAAAAGAAAAAGGAAAUUCAAAGUAUGGAUUUUAUUAAAAAUUUAGAACAAGACAAAUAA